UAAAUAUUAUCUCAAUAUAUGGCUUUUAAUGUCAUCCCUAUUCUCCUACAUCUACCCUCUUUAGUUCUCGUGAGAGGAAAAAAAAAAGUAGGAGCAGCAACAAGGGUCAAGCAGAGCAGAGGAAACGAAUGGAUUUGGACCCAAGUUUCAAGGACAAGAAGAAAACCAUAGACCAAUCCUCGCUACUAUGCUGCAAGCUGUUUAUCUCAGAAUCACGAAACCAUGCUGCCCUUGAUGCCAUCGAGCGAGCUGGGAGGCUUGACCCAGAAACUGUCAUAGUGAACAAAUUCCCUGAUCGAGCUUAUAACAGGGUCAGGUACACCCUGGUUUCAUAUGUGAUGCAUGACAUCACUGGGAGUGCCAUCUACAGCCCAUUGCAGCAAACUAUCCUAGCCAUGGCAGAGGCUGCUUUUGGAACCAUUGACCUUGAGACCCAUUCCGGGGCUCACCCCCGCCUUGGUGUCGUGGAUGACAUCCUUCUCCAUCCAUUGGCCAGGGCAUCAAUGGAUGAAGCAGCUUGGCUUGCUAGGGCAGUGGCAGCAGACAUUGGCAAUAGAUUCCAAGUCCCAGUAUAUUUGUAUGCUGCAGCACACCCGACAGGCAAGGCUCUGGACACCAUCAGACGAGAGCUUGGAUUUUACCGGCCCAACUUCAUGGGCAACCAGUGGGCAGGAUGGACCACGCCUGAAAUACUUUCAGAGAAGCCUGAUGAAGGUCCAACAAUGGUUUCUCAAGCAAGAGGCAUCACAAUGAUUGGGGCACGCCCAUGGGUGGCAUUGUACAACAUACCCAUCAUGUCCACAGAUGUUUCAGCUGCUCGAAGGAUUGCUCGCAUGGUGAGUGCUCGAGGAGGCGGCCUCCCAACGGUGCAAACACUGGGCUUGGUUCAUGGUGAGGACUCAACCGAGAUAGCUUGCAUGCUCUUAGAGCCAAAUCAAAUUGGGGCAGACCGGGUCCAGAACCAGGUUGAGAUGUUAGCAGCUGAAGAAGGAUUAGAUGUUGAAAAGGGAUAUUUUACUGAUUCUUCACCGGAGAUGAUUGUUGACAAAUACAUGAAUUUAAUCUCGGCUGAAAGAGACUAAUAAAAGACUGUUGAUCUA